AUGACAUCCAUUUCACUCAGAAGUACUAAAGCGAAAUGCGCGUCCCCGAGUAUGGCGGGGGUGAUAAACAUGGCUGCGGUGACGCGGCCUGUGGAGGUGGAUAACAACCUCUCGCUGCGAAUGUACCUGCGACUGGCCAAGAACUUACAGCACCAGGCUGACGUGUACCGCUGCGAGGGCAACAAGCUCCAGCUCUACGUGCUCCUCAUCCGAUUCAUCAGCCUGGUGACAACCACUAUACCACAGCACAAGGAGUACCGCGGCCAAUCGCACCUGCUCGCUCUCACCAGCCUCAAACGGCAAGCCCUGGAAGCACUGGACGAGUGCGAGCAGCUGAAGCCAGCAGUGGCUCGCCUCAACGGCACGAGCCUGCUCUCCUUCGAGGAGGAUUACCCUCCAGAGGAGGACGGCGUUGUCCCCGUCUACUUCCCCACCUCCCCGCCCCGCCGCCCCUCCUCCCUCGCCUCCUUCUCCUCCUUCUCCUCCUCCGCCUCUCCCCUCUCCUCCACCACUUCGCCUUUCCCGGAAUCGUUCUCCUCAUAUGCCUUCGCCUCCUCCUCUUCAACUGCCCCAUCUUUGUUUGCGUCACGUGCCAGUUGGCCGGGGUAUGGGCCUAGCAGCAUGGACAACAGUGCUGGUUCCGGUGGUGUGGUUGCUGUGGACAGUGGCAGUGGCUUCUACAGCAGCUAUGGGAGCAACGGGAGCAAUGGGUUUACUGCUGAUCUUGGUGGCUAUAACGGUGGUGGCUACAGCAGUAGCAGCAGCAGCAGCAACGGUAGUGGUGCUGUGUUGGCGGGGUAUGGAGCAACAGGGGCGCUGAGCUUGGGAAUGGAUCUAGACGAGUGGGCUCAGUCUCUGACGCAGCCUCAGCAAGGGCAGGAGGCAGCCCUAUCUGUCGCCGCUCCCAGCACCACUUCCUCUUGGUCAAAUCCGGCUGCUUCAACAACCUUGUUGGAGCAACAACAAUACCCUCAGCAGCAGCAGCAGCAACCUUUUUCUUAUCAGCAGCAGCAGCAGCAGCAGCAGCAACAGCAGCAGUGGUAUCAGCCUCAGAGCAGCACCAGCAUGGAUCUGCUAUCCGGAAUAGGCUCUCUCUCUCUAACCACUGCUGCACUGCCUGUCGUAGCGUCUGCUGCCACUGUCGCAUCUUCCAUUGCUCGCCCUCUCACACUGCCGUCAUCAUACGGUAGCAGCUCGUUCUCUCUCCCCCAGCCGCGCAGUGAGGCCCUGUCUCGCCACUCCCUCGUUUCCUUCCCAACCUCCGCUCCUCGCCAACGAGCCUUGGCUUCUGUCCAGGUGUCAUAUCCUACCAAGAUUGACACAACCCCUAUAGAACUUCCAGAGUAUCCUGCUCCCCCUCCUGCUAACACUCCCCUGCAGGAGGUUUCUCUGCCUGGCACGGGACAGGCAGAGCACUCCCAUUCGCACCAGCAUGGGCAGAAGAAGCAGAAUCCUCGGUUGCAGCAGCAGCAUGAGAAGCAGCUGGUGGUGGGAGGGGCACUGCCAGAGAGGAGUGGUGGUGUGGGCAAGGUCAGGAAGACGUCAGGGCCCAAGGGUGUGAAGGCCGUGCACAUUUCCACACGAAUGAUGGACGAGUUCAUGCGCGUGGUCAUAGACAACACCUCCCGCAACCUAGAGACUUGUGCUGUGCUCGCAGGCUCUUUGAAGAAGGGGAUGUUCUUUGUCACAGCGCUUAUCUUGCCUAAACAGCAUUCUACUUCUGAUUCGUGUUCCACGACCAAUGAGGAGGAGAUAUUUGAAGCACAAGACAAGCUGGGCCUGUUCCAACUUGGCUGGAUACACACCCACCCAACCCAGUCGUGCUUCAUGUCUUCUAUAGACGUGCACACACACUAUUCCUACCAGGUGAUGCUGCCAGAGGCCAUUGCCAUUGUCAUGGCUCCCUUGGACCCUAAACGCAAGUUUGGCAUAUUCCGUCUCACAGACCCAGGAGGGAUGAAGGUGAUUCAGAAAUGCCCUCUGCGUGGAUUUCACUCCCAUGAGCCUACUAAGGAUGGAAGCCCCAUCUACACGCACAGCUCGCAUGUGUUUUUCAACCCCAAGAUCAAGUUUGAUGUGGUCGAUCUUCGCUGA